AUGUCCAGGAUGAUAGAGCAAGGAAGGGGUGUGCUUGUCAAAGUUCCCAAAAACGAUCGCCCAACCAAGCCCAUGUUAAAGGAAGAAAAAGAAUUUUCUCGGCACAACAGGACCAAGAGGUCCAGCGUCUGCAAGGUCCUUGACUUUCAUCUACCUUCUCCAAUCCUCGCUUGUCUCCCCUCCCCCUCUCAACUUCAACCCUGGACUUGGUCCUGCAAGUCCAGGGAUCACUGCUGUCACUCUGACUGUGAACGGUGGACCUUUUGUCCUUCCCGGGACGCGGAUAUGGUCGGAUCAUUACAACGAACAAGGCGCCGCACGAUAUUGCUCUGA